AUUUGCAUUUUGGGGAUAGCAAGGCUGAUCUCCAAGUCCACAGAGUUAGUGAAGUGGAACAAAAGAAUUUAUUUCUAUAGUCUCCAACAAGAAAGCUCCCUCGCACUGUUAAUAUGAAGCCAUAGCAUGGCCUCCUUUGAAGCAAUAUGACUUUUGCGGAGACAAGAAAUAUUUUGAGUCGCUUGACAAAUGGGGAGCUGGGACUUAACAGACUCUCUUUUGACUUCCAUGAUGCAAAAGCAUUCAGUAGGUCACCAUGGGGUCCAGCGAUGCUUCUUAUCAUUGUGCGAUUUGUCAUCUUGACCUGCUGCGCCGUCUUCCUGGCCAAUGACCUGAUGUCACCAUGGUCGCCUGCCUGGCUGCUUUACCUGUCUACCUGGAAUGCGAUCCUGACCAUUAUCUACUUCCUGGCCACACUAAUAUCGUCCACUGUAGAGGUGGUGCACGAAUGCAAGGCCCUAACAGAAGACAAAGGAAAUUUCCAGGAAGAGUACCAUGUAAGCCGCACAUUGCCAGGAAGAACGUCGACAGGCCUAGACGUCCUAGAAGAUGACGACUAUGACGACAUUCCAACCGAUGACGACAGCGAUAAUGAACCAUUUUUCCUAGAAUCUCCCCCAGAAGACCAGCUACCAUGGUACAUGAAGUGUGUGUGGCUACUCUUCACUGUCAACACCAACACGAGCAUAAUCGUGCUGGUCUUCUACAUUUCCACGGCAACUGUAUAUCAGCCAAUCCUUGUCUGCUUUUACGUUUCCAUGGUUAUAUUCAUGAUGACAGAGACGGCUAUGAGUCUUGUACCCGUGCGAUUCCUACACUGCAUAUACGCCUAUUCGUUCAUCGUUCUCUAUAUUGGAAUCAAGGCCGUGACCAUGACAGUGAGCGAUAGCGCAGCUCUACACAAUCGCAUUUUACCCUGCGAGGUGAGACUCCUUCUCCAGGAAUGGUUACUGGUCUAUCUCGCGGCUUUCUCUAUUCCAGCUGUGGUAGCGAUCCAAGCUCUUUUCUACUUUAUAGCAACGGUUAGAGGGCUGGUUUUUCUACAAAUGCAUGACUUUGCGCGUUGGGAGCGGAUUGGGUCAUCGUCAUAAUGCUAUGUGCUACAGCAUCCUUAGGGACCCAGGGCGUCGCGGAGAUCGGGCACACAAGGAGCGCGGCGCGAGAAUUCUUUCUCGCGCGCUCCCUGUGUGCCCGUUCUCCUCGACGCCCUGGGUCCCCGAGGAUGUGUGCUACAGAGGAAACGUAAUGAGUUUGAACUGUUAGAAGAGUUACAACUGUCGAGCAGCUCAUGAGAACUAUAAUACGUUAUCAGCCUCAUGUGGGCGAUUAUCCGGGAACUAUAUAUACCUUUGGGGUGCGAGGUUUUCGCAUCUCCCGAAAGCGCGACGAGCGAAUUCAGAUCAUCUUAAACUUGGCAUGGCCUAAGAAGCAGGGGAUAAAAUGGGCGUAAUCAAACUUUAAUUGUUUAUGUGUCAAUUAAUACUGAACAUAAGUCUCUAAUUAUUAAUUAAUUUGUUAAUAUGCUUAUUGGCUCUUACAUAAAUAAGCAAACACAAAUCAGUAAACAACAGCAUCCAACCUUUUUCAGAAGAGAGGGUGGAAUAUUAUUUUGUCUUGUUUUUAUAGAAACACUCUCCCACCGUUCGCAGGUGACCACAAUAUCUUGAGACUUAAUUAUUCAUAGACCGACUCUUUCGCUACCAUAUAGCAUAUUUAGCGAGCCUAAAAAUUUCGUAUUAUGAACUAUUUCAUACCAUUUUCUUCAAAAUGGGAAUUUUUAUGUAGAUGCGCUUCACUUUUUCAUUGUUUCAGUCAUUCUUCAACAUUUAUGGCUGGCGUGAUUACUCGGAUUAUCAAAGAACCGGGCCUUUCAAUGAUUAUUUAGUCUGAUGCGGAACUGCGUUGACGGUGUUUUGAAAAGUUUUUAAGUUGAAAACGAGCAGUUUCUCGAGCCGUGUCCUUUAGGGUGAAAAGUAGUGUUGUCAUAAGUGUGAGAUGUUCCAUUUUCGGCAUGGAAGCCAACAGUAUUAUUAAAGCUCGCUUUUUGCACAGAACUUAAAACAAUUUGUGUUAUACUAUAUAUAUAUGAAAGCUCCCCAUUAUUAAAAAGAGAUUAGAGAGAUGUUUUUAUACCAAAGGCCUUUUUUAGUCAUGACACGCAUAAACGGUCUGGGGAGGCAUUGGUUGAAAAAUAUUUUUGUACAACGUUAAAUCGGACGAGGAUACAUUGAUUGCGCUAAUUGUAAAGUAACGAUAGCCUCGAUAAACUAUAAGAUGCCCGAGCUAUGUAUUUAGAAUAAAAGAUAUAAUGUAUGGGAAAGUAUUCCCUUUUUAGCACUAUUGAAAACAGGUUGAAGGAAAUACGAGCAGCAAUGAGAACAUCCCGUUUCUGCAUAAUCAAAUUCGUCAUUUUUUUUGUUAAUUCCACUUUCUUGUCCAAAAUAGAAGAAGUGUAAAAGUGCAGGUUUUGAUCUUUACCUGUUUAGAUAAAUGGAGUAAUUCGUCAGCCCAAAUUGCAGGACUAAGAUGUGGCUGGAAAUAAUACGAACGCCAGGCCAUUGGUUUAGCCUUCUACAUAGGCACCAGUAACUUAAUUUAUAUUAAUAAGAUAAGAGAGAUUUUAUGGGCAGUGUACAGUAUGCAACCAACUGGGUAGUUAUAAGUGCUCACUUCAAACAUAUGUGGUAAAAAAUAUGAAUUCCUACCUUCAAGAAAUUGACAACUUCAGCAUCCAAGUUUAGAUAAAAGAAGCUGGCAACAUCACUGUUGGCCAAUCCCCGUAGAAGUUAUAUGACCACAUUCAAGUCCAACUUAUAUCAUUCAGCGGAUAUCUUGUAAAGUUCGAGAUAAGCCGAGAUUUAACCCUGGCCAAAUAACAUCACAUCGUGCGCAACUGUGUACAUUCGCCUUAAUAAAAUAGAUAUUUCAGAUAAA